AUGGCUAACUACACUGCCGAAGUUGACCAAAUCUACGCCAGGCUCACCGACCAGCCACCUCACACCCCAGAGCAGAUAGCCAGGGCCAAGAAGAUUAUCGAACUGCACCUGGCGACCUUCAAAUACUAUGACUACAAGAGAACAUUCGAGUUGGUGGAUGAGAACUAUAAACAACACAGUCAACUCGUCGCUGACGGUCGCGACUCCAUCAUCGAGGCGUCCAAGGUUCUCGAGUCGAUUGCCGCCAGGCACUGGACGGGCCCCGGCGAGCCGCACUUCAACAUGAACUUCAAGAGGAUCCUGGUGGACGUGGAUUAUAUCGUGGCUCAAAUAUUUUCCACGCGCUGGCCGGGGGAUGCUGGCGAGCAUGUCUUUGACCUUUAUCGAUGGAAAGAUGGCAAGGUUGUGGAGCACUGGGAUGCUAUCCAACAAGUCGACUUGGACAAUAUCAAGCAUGGGAAUUCUGUCGCUUGA